GCUUGGGAAAUAAGGCGCACUUGAGAGCUGUGACGUUCAUCUUGACUCUCGUGGAAGUCCGACAGCCAAUCCCAUUUUGGCCUCCAACUGGGCACCAUGAAGGCCUGUGUCCCCCUGAUAUUGGCCAUGCUGUGCGGCCUGGCCUGGGCAGGAAAAAUGGAGUCAUGCGCAUCGCGCUGUAAUGAGAAAUUUAACCGCGAUGCUGCCUGCCAGUGUGACCGCCAGUGUCCCUGGUACUGGGACUGCUGUGACGACUACCAGCACCUGUGUACUGUUGAAGAAGACCCCAGAGAGCCAGAGCCGUUCCUGGAGCUGGAGGAAGAGAUGGAGGAAGAGAUGGAGGAGGCCCCGGCUAGCAACCUGUACUCAGCGCCCGAUUCCUGCCGGGGCCGCUGCCAUGAGUCCUUCGACAGACACCACCCAUGCCACUGCAAUGCCCGCUGCCCAGAGUUUGGGAACUGCUGCGAGGAUUUUGAGAGCCAGUGCGGCCACGAGGGCUUCUCCCACAGCAGUGACGCCAUAACCACGGAGGAGCUGAAGGCCAUCUCUGAGAAGAUCUACAGGGCGGACACCAACAAAGCACAGAAGGAAGACAUCAUCCUCAACAGCCAAAAUGCCAUCUCGCCCUCUGAGACCAGAGACCAAGUGGACCACUGCCCGGAGCCGCUCUUCACAUAUGUCAACGAAAAACUGUUCUCCAAGCCGACCUACGCAGCCUUCAUCAACCUCCUCAACAACUACCAGCGGGCGACGGGCCAGGGGGAGCACUUCAGCGCCCAGCAGCUGGCUGAGCAGGACACCUUCCUCAGAGAGGUCAUGAAAACGGCUGUCAUGAAGGAACUCUAUAGCUUCCUCCAUCAUCAGAACCGCUACAGCUCUGAACAGGAGUUUGUCAAUGACUUGAAGAACAUGUGGUUUGGGCUCUAUUCAAGAGGCAAUGAAGAGGGGGACUCAAGUGGCUUUGAACACGUCUUCUCAGGUGAAAUAAAAAAAGGCAAGGUCACUGGCUUCCAUAACUGGAUCCGCUUCUACAUGCAAGAGAAGGAGGGCCUGGUUGACUAUUACAGUCACAUCUAUGAUGGGCCUUGGGAGUCUUACCCUGACGUGCUGGCCAUGCAGUUCAACUGGGACGGCUACUAUAAGGAAGUGGGCUCGGCCUUCAUCGGCAGCAGCCCCGAGUUUGAGUUUGCGCUCUACUCCCUGUGCUUCAUCGCCAGGCCAGGCAAAACGUGCCAGUUAAGCCUGGGUGGCUAUCCCUUGGCCAUCCAGACCUACACCUGGGACAAGUCCACCUACGGAAAUGGCAAGAAGUACAUCGCCACAGCCUACGUGGUGUCUUCAACCCGAUAGAGCUUGGAGCCAGAAAGGGGCAUGAGGGCAGCGAGAGCUUUGGCGGGACGAAGAUGCUAUCCGCUCUGGGCUGGAGGGGGCAUGGAGGAGACUGGGAGGGAUUCCCAAAUCCAGACAUGUCCAUAUGGGAAAGAGAGAAAAGAUACAAAUUAGAAAAAUGCAGGGGAACAGUCAAGUCUUUGUCCUCCAGCAUUUUGCCCCCACACAGAAGGUGGGGCCCUCCAUAGCUCGUUGCCCUGACGGAAGUUGGAACUGUGAAUAAGUCCUUGACCUCUCCAGGCCUCAGGUUUCCUUUUAAUGUCAGGGAGGGGGUUUGCCCCCUCUCCUCUUUUUGGGGUUGGGGUGAGGGCAAACCUGAUGAAUUAUUACUGUGAAAGUGUUAUCAAUUGUUCUUAGGAAGAACAGCUGACAGAAAUUCAAAAUUACUAUAAUGGCUGUUAUUGUACACAGCUCUGCAAACAGCAGUUCAGCCCUAUGUUGGGGCCUCCAAGAAAUCAGGCCAUGGCAAUCAAGCAUGGGUAUUUGGUCUUUUCUAGGGUUGCACCCUCUCAGAGCAGGGUCUGGGAGAACUCCAAUGCUAGACAGAGAGGAUCAUGGAUUGACACAGUGAGUGGGCCGGCAGGGAGAGGACUUCUCCAGGCCCGGAGGGUUUUGCAGCCAGCUCAGUAACUGCAUCAGAAUGUUCCUGCUGGUAGCUAUUUAGUGCAGUUACAGAGCUGUAUUUUGAUUCCAAAUAACCUGUGAAAGAGUUCCCCCAUCGGAGGAUUUUGCAUCAGAAGAAGAAAGGAGCCUAUAGCUUGGUGUCAUUAACAAUUAUUGUAAGGCUUAAGCAGCAACAAACUCUAGAAGGGAAGACCAGGGAGCCUGCAUUUCAACCUCAAUUAUGCAUUUCUCCCCUAACGCCACUGAGUACCAGAUGCUGUUCCACAGAGCCAGGCUUGAACGACAGUUUAGAGGGUUUGAGUCUCCAAUUAAAGUCAUUUAAGAAAAUUUGAAA